AUGCACGAUCUUAGCUACGGUAACGAUCCUUCUUACGACACGGUCCCAAUAUAUUACUGCUCCGUUGUGGAGAUUUCAAUCGCAAUGAUCGCAAGCAGUAUUCCAGCUAUGAGAUUAGCCUGGCCAAAAAGCAGGGAGUACUUCAGUUCUUGGAGGGAUAAGGUCAAGCUUUCGGGAGAGUCAGAGCAGGGUAGUGUCUAG